AAUAUGUCGUGAAAUCAAGGGCAUCAAUUCUCCAUUUCUUCUAGCAACUUGCAAAUUGCUAACAAAUCACGUGCAUGCCCCAGACAGACUAAGCCUCGGCUCGGGUGUAAUCUUCAUUGCGGGGUGAGCUUUAGCCGUUCCCCAUACCAACGCUCCCCUUUUUAACCUUCUCCAUCUCAGACUCAAAAAAGUUUCACUGAAGCUCACAAUCCCAUACUGCGUACACAGCCAUAACGACUCCAUCCACAAGUAAAAUGCCAUCCUCAUCCGCACCCCCCGAAUGCACCUCUUUCCUCCUCAGCUACCCGACGCCUCAAAUCUUGCUCAUUACCAUCAAUCGUCCCAAAGCCAUGAACUCCAUUCCCAGUUUUGCCCAUUGGGAAGCUGAUUCCAUUCUCACCUGGUUCGAUAAUUCUCCCGAAUUACGCGUUGCGAUCAUUACCGGAGCAGGAGAAAAAGCAUUUUGUGCCGGCCAAGAUCUAAUCGAACAAGCGAAAUCCAAAGUCGAUCCUCCGCCCAUGCCAACAGUUAAACAUCCCACGAGUGGAUUUUGUGGCAUUAGUAGACGUGCGGGGAAGAAGCCGAUAAUUGCGGCUGUGAAUGGCUUUGCGCUUGGUGGGGGUUUUGAAAUAUGUUUGAAUUGGUAAUGCUACUUUAUUUUUGUUAUGAAAAGGCGUGAAGCUAAUAGAUGCUAGUGAUUUGGUUGUUGCCUCACCGUUGGCUACAUUUGGCCUUCCUGAGGCAGCUGUUGGAUUAUAUGCAGCAGCUGGUGGUCUCCCGCGUCUAGUACGCAAUUGUGGACUUCAGAUCGCUACCGAAAUUGCAUUGACCAAUCGAAGGCUGAGUGCCAAAGAAGCACUCUCAUAUAAUCUAAUCAAUAAAGUUGCGCAAUCACCGGAGACAGUAUUAAAGGAGAGUGUAGAGCUGGCAGAAAAGAUUGUAGCUUUAAACCCAGAUGCUGUUAUUGUGUCAAGGGCAGGAUUGAGAGAGGCGUGGGAGACCGGAAGUGUGGAAAGAGCUACACAAAUUGUUGCACAGAGAUAUGAUCAGCAAUUGCUUGAGGGUGAGAAUAUGAAAAUUGGAUUAGAUGCGUUUGCUCAAAAGAAGAAACCUUUGUGGGUGCCGAGUAAGAUGUGAGUAGAAUAUUCCACAUCUAUGUCUCCAUAAGGAGUAUAAAGAAUAGAUCAAUUGAAUGCUAAAGAAUGUUUUGUUUCUCGGAUAUUGUAAGAAAGUUGGA